GCCGCCGCGUUUUCACUUUGUUUUCUAGCGACGAGCGUAUAGUGAAAGACAGACACAGACCUCUUUUCCUUCAUCUUCCUCGCGUUGUGAGAUGCUUUGCUAGCCGCCGACGAUCGACAGUCCCGCGCCCGACACACACUAAAAUCUCAGCAAAAUGAGGGAAUCGGCACUCACGCCGACCAGGCAGCGCGAAAUGUUCAGCUGGACCGUUUCAAGCCCCAGCAGCGAGGGCACGAUGCCGCCGACGACGGAGCCCGAUUUGGUGGCGACCGAGACGUCGAACGGCGGCGCCAACCACCUGCAGACGCGCACCCUGAGCGCCGCGUGGAACAGGCGGCAGAACGCGGUGUGCGUGCGCCACGCGUUCAAGCACUACGGCUCGAAUAAGAAACCCAACGUGGUCCUCAGCAACCUCAACAUGACCGUCGCCAAGGGCACCAUUUACGGUCUGCUGGGUGCGAGUGGCUGCGGCAAGACGACGUUGCUCUCGUGCAUCGUGGGCCGGCGGCGCCUCAACACCGGCGAAAUCUGGGUGUUGGGCGGCAAGCCCGGCUCCAGGGGCAGCGGCAUCCCCGGCAAGAGGGUGGGAUACAUGCCGCAGGAGAUCGCCCUCUACGGCGAGUUCACCAUCAAGGAGACCAUGAUGUACUUUGGCUGGAUCUUCGGCAUGGACUCGAGCGAGAUCAUGGAGCGCCUGCAGUUCCUCCUCAACUUCUUGGACCUGCCCAGCCAAAACCGGCUCGUCAAAAACCUCAGUGGCGGUCAACAGCGGCGCGUCUCGUUCGCCGUCGCCCUGAUGCACGACCCUGAGCUGCUGAUCCUGGACGAGCCGACCGUGGGCGUGGACCCGCUGCUUCGGCAGAGCAUCUGGAACCACCUGGUGCAGAUCACCAAGGACGGCAACAAGACCGUCAUCAUCACGACGCACUACAUCGAAGAGGCGCGACAGGCGCAUACGAUCGGCCUGAUGCGCAACGGGCGCCUAUUGGCCGAGGAGUCACCGCACGUGCUGCUGUCCAUGUACGGCUGUCCGACCCUGGAGGAGGUGUUCCUCAAGCUGAGCCGCAAGCAGGGCAACAGCAGCAGCGCCAACCUGUCCGAGCUGAACGUGUCCAACAACAUUUCGCUGGCGUCGCUCAACUGGAACCGCAAGGACGACCCCGUCUAUGUGACUGACGAGAGCGGAGUCAUCGGACUCAACUUCCACCAGUCCAAGGAAGUGCUCAUCACGGACAGCAUCAACGGACACUUGGACACUCUGCACUCGAAGACUUCGAAGGCUACCACUAAGAUUGAAGAGGCUUUGGACUGUGAUGACUGUGGUGAUUGCGCCUCGGACUGCUGCAAAAUCACCACCAAGGGCAAAAUGAGAGCCCUGCUGCAGAAGAACUUCCUCAGAAUGUGGCGAAAUGUCGGCGUGAUGCUGUUCAUUUUCGCGCUGCCAGUGAUGCAAGUCAUUCUCUUCUGCCUGGCGAUCGGACGCGACCCAACCGGACUCAAAAUGGCCAUUGUCAACCACGAAUUCAACGGAACGCAACGCGAGUGUCUACCCAUGGAGGGCUGCAACUUUGUCGAUUUAGGAUGUCGCUACUUACAACACUUGAACAACAACUCGAUAGUGCAGGUUUAUUACCCUGACCCGGAGACGGCGCUCGAGGCGGUCCGCGUAGGCGACGCCUGGGGCGCCCUGUACUUCACCGAGAACUUCACUGACGCCCUGGUCGCGCGAAUGGUGCUCGGAAAGGAGGCCGACGAGGAAACGCUCGACCAGAGUGAAAUUCGCGUCUGGCUCGACAUGUCCAAUCAACAAAUUGGACUGAUGCUGAACCGAGACUUGCAGUUUUCCUACCGAGACUUUGCUCAAAGCCUUCUGUCCGCUUGCGACCAGAAUCCCAAGCUGGCUGACGUGCCCAUUCAAUUCAGGGAGCCCAUUUAUGGCAGCACUGACCCCAGUUUCACCGACUUUGUCGCUCCUGGUGUCAUCUUGACGAUUGUGUUCUUCUUGGCUGUGGCGCUGACGUCAUCGGCCCUGAUCAUCGAGAGGAUGGAGGGCUUGCUUGACCGAAGUUGGGUCGCAGGCGUGACGCCAUUCGAGAUCCUCUUCUCGCACGUCAUCACGCAGUUUGUGGUGAUGUGCGGCCAAACGGCGCUGGUGCUCGUCUUCAUGAUCGCCGUCUUCGGCGUCGAGUGCAAGGGCGACAUCGGCUGGGUCGUCGUGCUCACCAUCCUGCAGGGUCUCUGCGGAAUGUGCUUCGGCUUCGUGAUUUCGGCCGUUUGCGAGCUGGAGAGAAACGCCAUCCAACUGGCGCUCGGAAGUUUCUAUCCGACCCUUCUGCUCAGUGGUGUGAUUUGGCCAGUGGAGGGAAUGCCGACGGUGCUGCGCUACAUCAGUCAGGGUCUGCCGCUGACGAUGGCGACGACGUCGCUGCGAAGCAUGCUGACCCGGGGCUGGGGCAUCGACGAGCCCGACGUCUACAUGGGCUUCGUGUCCACGAUCAUCUGGAUCGUGCUUUUCCUCACCAUCAGUCUGAUCGUGCUCAAAGUGAAGAGAGGAUAGAUAAUUGUAGUUAAUUAGAAGAAAAAGUUUUAGAGAGCAGAUAAUUAAUUAAUUUUUAUGCGCGCGCGUGUGAACGGGAAAAAGUGCGAUAUAUGCGUUUUAAAUGAUAUAUGAAACUACCUCUUUUGGCAAAUUCCCCUUGGAUUUAAUUUUUUGUUUUAAAUGAGAUAUUCUUGCCGAGUGUGCGUGCUGACAAUAAGAGACUCUUUUUAAGCGCGGAAGAAAGAAAGAUUUUAUUUACUUCUCGUUUGCCAAAGGUGCGCAUCGAAUCGAACGACCCGCCAGAGGCAAGUAUAUUUAUUUUACCUGCUGGAAGAAAGAAAGAAAGCUCAAUUUUAGUAACUCUCUAUCCCACUGAUUCGGCAGCGUGUGCAUGAUAUGAAUUAAUGUCCCAAAUUUAUACUUGACGUGGUUCUGGAUAAAUUAUUUUUUCGUUUGUAGUUAAUUUGCACCGGAUUUCCAAUUAUUAUUUUAAUUAUUAUUCGUACUGCUCCUGCCAAGCAUCAACUGUGGAAUGUGAUAUAAAAUAAAACAAUAUUAAAGCAUUGUUGUGGGCGCUGUAGUGUAUUUCGAUCGCCCGACACGCGACUUUUCCAAGGAAAAUAUAAAGCGAUCUGGAAAUUUUAACCUUGGGUUUUUACUUAAGUUACUUUUGUUAUAAUUUUUUAAUUUGUAAGCUUGUAUGUAAAGAUAAAGAAGACAGCCAUACUUAUUAUCUGAUUAAUUUGGCGUGCUGAUCUGACAAUUUAUUGUAAAUCAUCAUCAGAGACAACGAUUUGAACUCUAAAUGCGAAUUUAGUCUCCUGCGCUGCGUCUGUACUUAUACCCUGAGAACUAGCUUUGCAAACUUGGCUAGGGGACGAGUUCGAUGUAAUUUGUGUGCUUGUAAAAACGGAAUGUAUUGCUAUAACAGUUAUAUAUUGGAAAACUUUACCAGACAUAAUAAACAACAAUUUAUAUUAAAAUAAG